AUGAUUGAUUGGAUCCUAAAGUAUGUUCAAGAUAAGGCUAAGCCCAAAGUCACAUUUUUGCUUACUCUAAGGCCCACAAAUCAGACAGAUCAUCAUGUUCAGUUUUGUGCAUCGUCGGUGUAUGAAAUUUCUACACCAUCAGGAUUAAUGGAAAAAUCAAAUGUAGAUGUGCAAAAUAUAGGAGUUGAAGUUCUAUUAGAAGAAAGUGACAUGGAGGGAACUGGACAAACUGCUUCCGAUAUAGGUGUGGAAAAUUCAAAAGAUCCCUACAUUAGUAAGGAGUUUCAGUCUUUUGAUGAUUCAUUUAAGUUUUAUCUUGAUUAUGCUCAUCGUAAUGGUUUUAGUGUGCGCCAUGGUCGUAUGACUAAAUCAAGGAAAGAUAAAUCAAUAAUUGGUCAAGAGUUUGUUUGUUCGAAGCAAGGAUUUCGUUCAAAGAAAAAUUUAGAAAGCAAUAAACCACAAGAUGAAACUAGAGAAGGAUGCAAAACGUUGUUAUAUAUGUCGAAGAAAGGAGAAGAUAAAUGGGUUGUUUGUAGGGUUGUUGCUGAGCACAAUCAUGAACUUGCAUCUCCAAAUAGUCAAAAGUUUUUGCGGUCAAAAAGGAAAAAAACGGAGGCCCAAAAAAAUCUUAUUGAUUUGCUUGACAACUCAGGAGUCCGUCCAAGUAAAAUAGCGUCAGUGUUGAUAAAUCAAGUUGGGGGUGUUGAUCUACUGAAUUUAACAGGUCAAGAUAUUCAUAAUUAUUUACACACAAGAAGACAAAAAAAUCUCGAAAAAGGAGAUGCACAAUUAAUGCUACAAUAUUUUCAAAGACGUCAAUCCGAGAAUCCAGGUUUCUUUUAUGCAAUACAGAUGGAUGUAGAUGGUCAUUUAGCUAAUUGUUUUUGGGUUGAUGCUAGAUCUAGGAUUACGUAUAAGAACUUCGGGGAAGUAGUUGUUUUUGAUCCUACAUAUCUGACAAAUAAAUAUAAGAUGCCUUUUUUUCCAUUUACUGGAGUUAAUAACCAUCAUCAAUCUAUUUUGUUUGGUUGUGCUCUACUUUGGGAUGAAACUCAAGACACUUUUGAGUGGUUACUUCGUACUUGGAAAGAGGCAAUGUUUGGAGUGGCACCUCAUACAAUCAUAACAGAUCAAGAUUCUACCAUAACAAAUGUAGUUGCAACAUUGGUGUAUUCAUGGUACAACCACUCCUGA